AUGCCUAAUUUACUUAAUCUUCUUCCACCAGAAUUAAUACCAUUCAUAACGAAGUAUCUUCCGAUCCAAGAUCUUAAAAAUUGCUGUAGUUUAAAUGAUAUAUGGAAAACCGAAGUGAUUAGAGAAAUUCGCAAAAGAUUAAUAGUGGAUUGUACAUUCGUUAAUAGAAAAACAACUGUCAAAGCGCUAAUUGACCCUAAAUCCAAGUACGGUAGUAUCAGUAAAGCACUUGCCCAAAAAAUGGGUUUAUAUAUUACUAGAAUGUAUGGAUCUAAAUACCCAGCAGUAGAAGACCUUGGUAUUGGCGCAACAAAUGCUGGCAAGAAAGUAAUGAGGAGGGGUUGGGUUGAUAGAGAAAAAGUUUCUGUCACUUUGCCAAAUAUUUUUGAAUUGGGAAAAUUAAAAUCCUUACCUCGAUAUUUAAACGAAACAUUUACUAAUUUCGUAGUUAUUGACAAACCUGAAUAUGACUUAGUUUUAGGAAGUUCAUGGCUAACAGGUCGAGGAAUUGAUAUUGAUUUCUACGGAUAUAAAAUAUGCAGGAAUGAGCUUUGGGAAAAAAAGGGAAAAUGUUAUUGGAGAGAAGAUAGUAUAGAAAUAUUACCUCAAUAG